UUUUCCCGGAUCGAUUGAGCAGCCUGGUCCCGAGCCACCGCCGCACGAAGCGGAUUCCGCUCCGCGUUCCUCCCCCCUGUCAGAAAACCCGGGGAACCGACACCCUCGCGCGCCUCUCUGUGUGUGUGUCUGUGUGUCCGUGUGUGUGUUGUAUUUUUUCAUUUCCUCCCGAGCAGCUUAAAGACAACGUGUAGCCGCAGCUGCUGUCGGGUUUCCUACGUUUGAGGGGAACCGACAGAUAGACAGAGGGGGGGUCGUCUAAGCUAGCAGAAGCUAAACCGCGUUAGCACGGGUAGAGCGAGAAAAGACUGCCGACAGCCACGUCCGCCCUCCCCCCUCUCUCUCCCUCCCUCCCUCCUUGGUGGCUAAGCGGUUGGCAGACGGGGGGGGGGGGGGGGGGGCUAUUUCUGGCCCCCGUCUGCUCGCGCACACAUGCUCCCGUAGUGAGUCGGGUGAGACCGGCCCAACAUCUGUGCCAAAGCUGUCCACAUUUUGUUAGUUUGUCCGUUUCGGCUUUUCCGAGCCGUCCCUAAACGCCUUUUUACCCCACGUUUGUUUUUCACACAAACACCGCGGGGUGAACCGACAGGGAGGGGGGGGCAACAAUAUCGUUUAAUUGCGCAACAUCUCGUUGGAUCGUAAAGGGAGGGAGGAAGGGGGGGGGGGGUUAUAGCUAACAAAUGAGCCCCGGCUGAAAAUAUGGACCUGAAUUUUUAUUCGGACUUAACGGACGGAACCGGGCCGCACGACGGGGACCCGCAGUUCUUGGACCCGCAGUCGUUCAACGGAUUCGACACUGACAGCAAGUUCCCCGGAGGCAGCGACAACUACCUGACCAUCUCUGGGUCCGGCCACCCCUUCCUCUCCUCUUCAGAGACCUUCCACACCCCCAGCCUCGGCGAUGAGGAGUUCGAGAUACCUCCCAUCUCGCUGGACCCGGACUCGGCCCUCACCGUGUCCGACGUGGUGUCCCACUUCGGCGAGCUGUCGGAGGCGGGCCCCUCCGGCGACAGGGUGGCGCCCGGCAACGCCGUGGUGGAAGGGGACGACCCGUCCUUCGCCUCCACCUUCGUCAACCCGCCCUCGCAGGGGCUGGAGCACCUGAGCCUGGGCGCCAUCGCCCAGUCGGGGGGCGGCGCCCUGCUGGGCUCGUCGCUGGGAAUGGAUCUCGGCCACCCGAUGGGCUCCCAGUUCAGCGGCUCGUCCCCGGUGACCAUCGACGUCCCGCUGGGGGACAUGAGCCAGGGCCUGCUGGGGUCCAGCCAGCUGACCACCAUCGACCAGUCGGAGCUCAGCGCCCAGCUGGGGCUGGGCCUGGGGGGCGGGGCCAUGCUGCAGCGGCCCGAGUCGCCCGACAACCCGCUGUCGGCCACGGCGUCGCCCACCAGCUCGCUGCAGGACGACGACAUGGACGACUUCAGGAGGAGCGUCCUGGUGGAGUCCCCGGUGUCCCUCGCCGUCUCCCCCGGCGUCAUCUCCCUCGACCCCUCCCUCUCCGAGUCCCAUCUCGCCGCCGCCACCUCCGGGGCCUCCCCCGCCGCGCGGCGGAAAGGAGCCGCCGGGGGGGCGAAGAAGGGGAGGAAGGCGAAAGACCCCAACGAGCCCCAGAAGCCCGUGUCGGCCUACGCUCUGUUCUUCAGGGACACGCAGGCCGCCAUUAAGGGGCAGAACCCCAACGCCACGUUUGGAGAGGUGUCGAAGAUCGUGGCGUCCAUGUGGGACAGCCUGGGGGAGGAGCAGAAGCAGGUCUACAAGAGGAAAAACGAGGCGGCUAAGAAGGAGUACCUGAAGGCGCUGGCGGAGUACAGAGCCGGACGCAGUUCUCAGGUCCCCAUCGAGGUCAUGGACACCUCCCCGUCGCCUCCGUCGCCCCCACCUUCGGCCGCAGCCGCCGCCGCCGCCAUGGCCUCCGCAUCCGCCUUCGCCGCUCGCUCCACCAGGUCGCAGCAAUACAACCCGGAGGAGAACACCAUCACCAACAUCUGCACCUCCAACAUCAUCCUGGACCUCCCGCAGGUCACCACGCGCUCGCGGACCGGCGCCACCAAACCCCAACCUCCGGCCCCCGCCCCGCCCAACCCGCCCACCGUCGCCAAGAUCAUCAUCAAGCAGACGCAGCUUCCCUCCGGCGCCGUGACGGUCACGGCGAUCAACGCCGCCUCCUCGCCGCGCCAGCCGCCGCCGCUGCAGCAGAUGCAGAGCACCUCCCUCCCGCCGCGGCUGCAGCAGAUGGUGCACGCCCAGGCCCCGCCCCCUCUGCAGGCCAAACCGCGGGGGGGCGGCGGCGGAGCCGGGGGCGGCGCUGUCGCGGCUCCCCCGCCGCUGCAGAUCAAGGUGGUUGCGUCGUCGCGGCAGAAGGACCCGAGAGCGGCGGUCAUCGUGACGCCGGCCGCCGCGGCGUCCGCCAUGGAGGUGGGGCGGGCGGCCGACGCAGAGGAGGAGGAGGAGGCGGCGGCGGAGGAGGCGGAGGAAGGGAUGGAGGUCGAGGUGAACGUCGCCGCCGUGCCGAGCGCGGCCCCCGGCGCCGGUGCCGGGGGCCGCAACAUCUGCGUCCGAGCCGGCUGCACGAGGCCGGCGGUGGAGAGCCAGGACUGGGACAUGGAGUACUGCAGCAACGAGUGUGUCGCCACACACUGCAGAGAUGUGUUCAUGGCGUGGUGCGCCAUCCGAGGGCAGAACUCCACCACCGUCACAUAAGGGACGAGGACGGGGGGGGCGAAGGAAAGUACUUGAAAAUCACUCAAGGGUUUUUUUUUUUUGUCUCUGAUCAACACAAACGACUCUGCGGCAGGAAAGAAAAUAACAUCAACUGAACAACUGUGUCACUGGGGACCGGGAAGACGGAUGAAUGAUAUAAACAAAGCAGAGAGAAGAAGCUUCCAAUCGACCUUCUGUUGUGAAUCUGAAAUAUGGGCUUGAUAGAAAAGAACAUUUUAUACAGGCGUGUUUUUGAUUGUUUUGUCUGUGCAGGCAGGGGAAUCAUUGAGUUUUUUUUUUUUUUUAUUAAUUUCAAAAAAAUUCCACGUCACGUUGUGUUCUUCCUUUCACCGUCGCAUGGAGGAUGGAUCCAUCAGGAGAUCUGCGAAGCGUUUAAGUCUGUCGGUGUCUCCUCUGAAGAUCUAACUAACAAAUGAGCGACUUCUGGACAAAGCACAAACCAUCGCAGCCGAAACUCAAAGGUGAAACGUGUCUAGCGCCAUGCAGGAGGUUUAAAUUCACACUUUGUAAACCUGUGCUACGGUUCAGCUGACAGAUCAAAGGAGAGCUUUUUAAACAUGUGGUGCGUAUUUUCUCUCAUGGGGGGGGGAUUACUUGUGGUUGAAUUUUGUGUCGGAAAAAGUGUUGAAAAUAAACAGACCAGCUCUGAAAAACACUACUCUAACUGGGAAGAGAUUAAUAUACAAAAAGCUUUAUCACAGCUGUUUAAUUUAUUGUUGUUUUAAGGUAUGUUGCAUAAUAAACAAACUGGUUGCUUCCAACAAAUACAAAAAGUUCUCAAGUCAGUUGAAAUAUUACAAUGAACUGGUCUGGUUAAUUGUAUCCUGGAAAUGUUUUUAAUGGUGAAAAAUAAAAUAUUUUAUCUAUAAUAUACAUUUGGUGAAAACAUUGUAUACUAUUU